AUGGCGGAGCUGCCGGCGGGAAGGAAAGCGACGAUGAAGGCGCACGUUGGAGGGGUGUUGGCCGUUCGCUUCAACAAGGAUGGCGCGUAUUGCUUGACGUGUGGUCAAGAUCGCGUCCUUAAGCUCUGGAAUCCUUAUAAGGAAGCGUGCAUCAAGUCAUACCUCGGGCACGGGCAUGAGGUGUACGACGUUGCAGUAGCCGAUGACAACAGUCGAUUGGCUUCCUGCGGUGGCGACAAGAUGGUGUUCUAUUGGGAUGUAGCAAGUGGAAACAUCAUCCGAAAGUUCCGAGGACAUGAGCUGAAAGUGAAUGCAGUCUCGUUUGCGGCGAGUUACGACAAGACAGUGAGGAUUUACGAUUGCAGGCACGUCCGGAAGCUCCGGCGUUUCCUCUCUGAGCGUAAUUCUCAUGGCAGAUCUCGAUCCCUGGAUGCGAUUCAGACUAUGUCGGACUUCACGGACAGUGUGACAUCGCUUGCUGUGCGGGAGCAUGAGAUAUGCACGGGGUGCGUCGAUGGAUGGAUCAGGAUCUACGACAUUCGUCAUGGGGAGAUGAUCUCGGACUGUGUGGGGGAGGCGGUGACGUGCGUGAGGUUCACCUACGAUGGGAAUUGUGUUCUGUGUACUUGUAUGGACAACAAGGUUCGUCUCUUCGACAAGUCGAACGGGGAAUUGCUCAACACUUACACUGGGCACAAGAAUGAUUCGUACAAGGUGGAGGCUUGUAUGACAAGAGGAGAUUCCCAUGUCGUCUGCGGUUCGGAGAAAGGGGACAUCUUCUUCUGGGAUCUUGUGAGUGGCAAGGAAGUGCACAAGUUGUCAGGGCACAGCAACGUUGUUUGCUCGCUCGCAUACCAUCCGUCGGAUACUUACCUGCUGUCCGCGUCGGUGGAUGGGACGGUUUCUCUAUGGCAGUGA